CAUGCACAUCCUUCGAAACCGGAGAUCUUGUGAACUGGAGAAAUCUCAGCUUGAAAAUAAUGGGGGCAAAACAAACUGUUUUAAGAGAACUGAAAAGCUUAGAAAAUGAGGUUUGCUACAGACCAGGAAACUCUUUGCAUCUACUCCCAUUCAAACUAAAAACCCCAGAACUGCGCAAAUCAUGCUCAAAGCUUCAGGGCAGACUACAUGGAUACAGUGUUAAAGAUGAAUUCGACAGAAUCACAAAGCUAAUGACUCUUCCAAACAGCUUAAAGGUUGAAGACUGCAGGAGACAGACUGACAAUACAAACACCUCCUUCAGGUUGUCAACUUUCCUUGCAAACACAGAUGAAGACCGGGAAGGAUUUUGGACUAAUAUGUAUAAUAAGUCUAUUCCCACAGAAUACUUUUCCUGGAUGCCGAACAGACCAUAUGCAGGCACUGAUGUUUACAACUGUAUGACCUUAAACAUUAAUUUUAAAAUUAUUGAUGGAACUGAAAAUAUAGCAAGCAUUGGAACUGGGGACGAAGAGUGUGCAGGAGGCUGGGAAGACUGUGGUAUCUGUCAGGUUCCUACGGGUGUUGUCAAAAUCAGGGUGAGGGGUCUGUGCAUGCUGACUCGAUAUGAUCAAUGGUAUUUAUAUAAUAUCAAUAAGGAUGGAACACCAAUAUUUAGAGGGACGUACACAUCAAGCAUUAUAUUCAAUAGGGUUGGACUCAGAUGGGAGUGGUAUGACCGUACUUUAAACACAAGCAUAGCUUUGAUUCAAGCCCCUUUAAGUUCUUUAUUAUUAGGACUGCAGACUGUAGAUUUUAGUAAUGCUUUUGACGGAAAAUGUAUCAAAGACGGAGAACCUUUUAUUAGACAAGUCAAAUUUACAACUUGUGUCGAAGGACAAUUCACUUGCAAUAAUGGCCAUUGUAUUGAUAUAGAAGAAAGGUGUGAUCAAACUUCCAAUUGCUCUGAUGAAUCAGACGAAGAAAACUGUAGGUAA